AUGUUCGCCACCAAACUUCUCGCCUGGGUUGUGUGCUGCAUCACCCUUAAAGUACUUCUGGUUGGUGAUGAGCUGCAUAAGACCACGCAGAUGGCUCAGCUGCUGGAGGAGAUGAAGCAGAGGAGCCAGGGGCAGAAUGGCUUUGCCUGGGGAGCCCUGCUCUUUGCUGCCUUGCAGCAGUGGCAGUUCUGGGCUGUUACUGGAGUCCUGAUCCUGUUCUUUGGGCUCUGCUGGUGGCUCCGAAAAAGGAGGCAUGAGGCAAGACACAGCAGUGAAGAGGAGAGCUACAGCAUUGACACAGAUCAGGUAGAAGAGGAGGAAGAUGACAACGAUGGUGAUGAUGCAAAUCACCUGGGAAGGCUUUUAGAGGAGCACAUACAGUGGCCAGUUCAGAACCUGGACAAAGAGUGCCAAGCAGUGAAGGACCUGGUAGAUGCCUUCAUCUUUUUCUUCAGAGACCUCUUGUCAAAUAGUUUCUUCCCAGAGCUGCAACCAGCUAUCGGGGUGGGCAGCGCCUUCGAAGGCUGGAAUCCCUGUGAGAAAGACAUCACCUACCACCUGCUUGUGCCGCUGAAGCCCCCCCGUGGGCAUGCCUUCCAUCUGGAGCUGAGCCAUGAGGGAACGGGGCCAGCAAGGAUCUUCUACGUUCGUGUGGAGCAAGUGUGCACCUGCGCAGAUGAGCAGCUGGCAGAGAACACGCUUUGCUUCCUCCACCACCCCAAGGAGGAGCUGAGGAGAAAUCAGGAGCCCAGCCUCCUACACACCCUCUGCACUGGCUCCUACCUAGAUGUGCACAAAACUGCCCGCUGGUUCCAUCAAUUGGUGAAAGCAGCCUGGGCGGUUUCGACUCUCUCCUCUCAAUACCGUCUAACGUUGCUGCCCUCCAACCGCUCCUUCAGGAUCGAGGUGACAAAAAACAACACAGAAAGACUCAACAUUGAGAUGAUGUUUGGGGUGCAGGAAGGUUGUUCGGACAUCUUCCUGAGCAGCCAGAGUACAGCAGACAUCUUCACCUCAAGCACGAUGUGGUCAGAGAGCUACGCUGUGGCAGAGGUGGAGUUCUUCAGGUAUGUGGCUGAGUCUGCCCUGGCCAACAGCUGCUACCUCAAAUGCCUGCAAGUCUGUGCUUGCAUCAUGGAGGGCAACACCUUUUUCACCUCUGCCUUGAAAACUGUUAUGAUGCACUUCCUGACCGAUUUACCUGUGUCAGGCUGGUGCACAAAGGAUUUGCUGCUGUGGCUGUGGGAUAUCAUGCGGUAUCUGUGCCUCUGCCUGGAGCACAAACGCCUUGACCACUUCUUCUUUGCCAAUGGAAAUGUACCCAAAGGGAUAAUCUUGCCCCUAGCCUUGAGAAUAGGCGAGCCUCUCAACAUCUUCCAGCAUCUGGCACAGGAUCCAGAUGCCCAUGCUGAGGCACUGUGUGAAUUCAUGGAGCUGCAAGAUCGGCUCAUGAGACUACUGUUCCAGGCCACUGAAAGACGUCUUCAAGCACAGAGCUGUGUUUGUGGGGCUCUCGGUUAA